UUUCAAUCGGUUGGAUCGUUUCGAAUUCUUUUGCUAUAAUAUCAGAGUGAUCAGCGGAAAUGUGUUUUAUUCAAAGUUAAUGAUACAGUUUCCCGUAAUUCCGUGACAAUGAGGUUCAAACUACUUCUAGCACUGCAACUGCAGUUGUGCAUCAUUUUAGCCCAGGACAUUUUCGAGUUCGGUGAAUACGAGGAAGGACCCUGCGGCCGUUGGAAACCGGGCGAUGUGGACCUACGCUCUUUCGAUCUUAUUCGAGAGUUUCAGUUGGAUCGCUUUGAAAACAAUGGCGAGCAUAUUUUCAGCAUCGAAGGAACGAACAGUCUCCAAACGGCAUAUCGAUUGGAAAGUCAAACGAAUUUGACAAUGCGAGCGAUUGACGCAUUUCCUCUGGGUCUGCCCCAGCAGUUUUCGUUGGAAUGUACAUUCCGAACGGAAGCUGAGCCCGUUUCGUCGUGGCACAUGUUUGAGGUUACAAACGAGCACCACGAAAGCCAGCUGGCCGUAACGAUGAACCCGGGUAGGCAAACCCUGGAGGUAGGAGUCCCGAGCUACGAAGGGGAACUGCAGGUGGUUGAGUAUCAUCACUCGUCGUUGUUUGAUCAACGGUGGCACAAAAUCAUGCUGGGAGUGACAAAUGAUUAUCUUAAUCUAUGGGUCGACUGUAAACCGGUUCAGGAUGUGGACGGACAUCUGAAUGCACCGUUGGAACCCCGAGGACGUUUCGAUACCAACAACGGAUUUGUUUCCAUUUCGCGCUAUGCGGAAACUUCGGUCCAUGAACCGGAAUCACCGAUAGUUGAUCUCCAGUGGAUGGUGAUGAAUUGCGACCCGACGCGUCCUGCCCAUGGAACAUGCGAUGAAUUACCACUGUAUGAAGUGGCUCACGUUGAGACUAAUCUGCCACAUGGACCGGAACCGAAAGCAGAUUGUAAUACCGUAUGCCCACCGGGAUACAACGGGACGGAUGGUGCUCCAGGAGUCCCAGGAAUUCCGGGUGAAAAAGGUGCUAAAGGAGAGCCCGGUUUUAAUGGGAGACGUGGCCCGCCUGGUCCAAGGGGUUUGGAGGGUGCUGCCGGUAUCUCGAUAAAAGGAGAAAAGGGUGCCAUUGGAGCAGUAGGGCAAAAAGGAGAACCAGGAUCAGCGGCUAUCGCUGGUGCUGCCGUCAUAGGACCACCCGGAUUACCAGGCCCACAAGGCCCUCCAGGAUUUGCAGUCAAAGGAGAAAAGGGUGAACGAGGUUACGAUGGAUUGCCCGGAUUGAAAGGUGAAUCGUUGCAAGGACCUAUUGGUCCGCGGGGACUUCCCGGUCCUCCUGGAACUACGGGGAUAGGACUCAUAGGCGAAAAGGGUGAACGAGGAAUAACUGGUUUUCCGGGUAGAGAUGGAAUUUCAUUACCAGGUGCUCCCGGAACCAAAGGAGAGAAGGGGGAACCGGGAUCAGUAGUACAAUCUUUGACAGAACGCGGCGAAAAGGGUGAAAAGGGUGACUCAGGGCCUCGGGGCCCGACAGGAAUACAAGGAAUGCCAGGUGCUCCUGGGCCUAUUGGUCAUCCGGGACAACCGGGACCACCGGGGCCCGUUCCGACUGAAGGCGCUUAUGCGACAGGAAACUUGGGAGUAUCAAUACCUGGUCCACGAGGAAUUCCCGGUUCUCCAGGUCCUCCAGGGCCUCCUGGACCUCCUGGUGCACCGUCUGAGGUUGCAUCUUCAGGAAGUGGACGAUAUUUUGAAAACUUCAUGUCCUACGGACAUCGUGGACCAGUUGGUUAUACUGGUUUGCCAGGUGUACGAGGAGCAGGUGGCGAGCGCGGCCCCGAAGGAUCGAUCGGGUUGCCUGGUCCGCCAGGGCAAGAUGGAGCUCCUGGAUUGCAGGGAAUACCGGGAGUGACAGGACAACCGGGAUCUCCGGGUCUACCUGGAUUACCUGGAAGAAGCUACACCGAGGCUGAAGUACGAGAUAUUUGUGCUUCAGUACUGAGAGAUCAUCUAGCGGAACUUACGGAAGGAUUAAUAGGACCUCCAGGGCUCCCGGGUGAAUCGAGAACGGGAAAGCCGGGAUUACCGGGUAAACCGGGACCGAAAGGUGAUCGUGGAUAUCAGGGUCUACCAGGAGAUCGAGGUUAUCCAGGGGAACCUGGGAAUCCAGGACUUCCAGGUUCUCCCGGCGAACGAGGUGAACCAGGGGUUGAAGGCCGACCAGGCCACGACGGCGUUGGAAGAGAUGGUGCUCCAGGCCCUCAAGGUCCACAGGGUCCACCGGGACUGGAAGUUCAAGGCCCUCCCGGGCGUCAAGGGGAACGAGGAGAGUCUGGUAAACCUGGUAUCGCAGGACUUCGUGGACCACCGGGUGUUCCCGGGGUGUGCCCUAACGAUUGCUAUAUGGCAGCAGCAGUAGCCGCCCAAAGUUUCCGAGCUAAUCAACAAACCAAAGGACCGCCUUACUAACAUGAGAGCUUACAAUAAUGACAUCCAUGCGUGCAUUUCAAUUACUCGUAACAAUCUGUUAAUA